AUGAAAUUGACGCUAGUUGUCAUCGUUUACAGUACAUCUUUCUUUCAUUUAUUCUUUCCUUCUUUCUUUCAUUCCUUCUUUUAUUCAUCCACUCUUUCCUUUUUCGUUUACUCUUUCUUUCAUUCCUACAUUUUCAUUCAUUUAUUCAUUCUUUCUUUCUUUCUUUUAUUCUUUCUUUCAUUCCUUUUUUUCAUUCAUUUUUUCUUUCAUUCGUUCAUUAUUUCUUUAUUUGCUUCCUCCUUUCUCUUUUUCUUUUAUUCUUAUUCCGGCUCUGUCUUUCUUUUUGUUCUCAUUAUAUCUCUUUUUCUUUUACACUACAAAAAUUUUGACUUUUCUUUCUUUCUUUCUUUCUUUCUUUCUUUCUUUCUUUCUUUCUUUCUUUCCUUUUCGUCCCCCACGAACGUUUUUUUCUCUAUUGUCUUCGCAACUUUCUCGAUAUCAUCCUUUUUAUUCUUUUUCUUCCUCUUUUUUUAUGGUUUUCUUUAUUUUCUUUACCAGGUUCAUCUUUUUUUUUUCACUUGUCUCUCUUUCUUUGUUACUUUUAUUCACUUCCAUCAAUUCUUUUUUCGUCCUCUUUCUUCCCAAUUUUCUUUUCAGUUUUUCUAUCUGUUACUCGGCUCACAACGCUACCUAGAACAAUCUCUUUAUACAAAAACGAAAAUAUUUCACCUUCCCAACUAG